AUGUUUCUUGCAGAUGAAAGUGAUCCUCAGCCUAUUGAAGGACAAUGUUCUGUUGAAGUAAGUCUUUUCAUAUUUUACUUUAUUGUUUUAGUUAAAAAUUUUGAUGGAAUUAUGUUUUUUGAGCGUAACACCGACGUAUUACUCAUAACGUUCGAUGUUUUUGAAUGUUACCUAAUUUUAAAUGAUGUUACAUCUAAUUUCUGAGUUUUUUUAAAGAAAUAUUAAAAUUUAAUAUAUUUGCAAUGAGUGUUUGUAAUAUUUUUAAUGUUUUAGGAGUUUCAAGCAGCAAUUGCGGCGAUAGAACAGCAAGAUACGUUAACAUUGGAGCGAAUGAUUCGAAGUUAUGGGUCGGACAUGGUGAAUUGGAAGUCAAGCACUUCUCAGUCGCUUUUACAUUAUGCUGUGAGACAUGAGAAGUUGAUCUCAUUGAAGUUCUUGGUUGAGUAAGUGUUUUAGGUUAUUGUUUUGGUUUUUAGGCGUUUAUCAACAUAGGCUACGUUAAUAUCAGAGUUCUUAUUGAAAUCAUUAAAUUAAUGAAUUUUAAUGGAUUGUAUAACGUUAUAGCGUAAAAGACCAACUUUUCAUUAACAUAUUACACAAUUUAGACAAUUUCUUUCAUGUGUUAUAUUGACAAUGGCAAAAGCUACGUUCUUCAUCCCAAAAGUUGUCUUUUUUAGAAACCGCGCGAAUGUUCACGUUCAUGAUAAAGUUCUAAACUCAGUGUUUCAUUAUGGAGCCAGAUUUCAGUCAGUAACGUGCAUGAAGUAUCUCUUGAAGUUGUUGAAACAGUUGGCCAAAAACGAUCUCAAUGACUUGACUUUGGAGAGGGGAGAUCUUGAAGUCGGUAGGAGAGUUUUGGCAUAUUAUAUGAUUAUAAAUGUUCUUGUAAAAUGACUUUCAUGGUGGUUUUAUUAACUUUUUGGAAAAGUUAUGCAUAUUUUUGAAGUUUUGUCUUAUUUUAGUUAUUUUUACGAGGGAAAUGGCAUUUCAAAUGCAUAUUGAUGAUAAUAUUUUAGCUAGAAGUCUGUUAGAUGAUCCUGCGGUGGAUGGACGUACACCUUUACAUUAUGCAGCUACUCAUCGUGAUCCUAAGGUUGUUAUAGUAAGUUUUUAUAGUUUUUUCUUUUUUAUUUAGCUAUUCUUUAUGUUUAAUGUAAAAUAACUAAUACAACACGUUCUUUUGCUUAACCAAGAUUCAUAUUGUUCUUAUUUUAACGAUUUUUAGAUGAUUCUUCGAACCCUAUACCUAUUGUUCAGUCCAGAAGACUUUGUGACUGUUGCCAGCCGCUUGGACUGUCAAUUUCAUACAGCUGCUCACGUUGCUUGUCGUUAUAAACGAGUGGAUGUGCUUCGAGUCUUCAUUGAUCCACAUGAAUGUCAUCGGGUGAUCGGAGGACGUAAAUCAGUGUGCAAAGCGUUGGUCAGAGAGAUUCACAACAAACUACAGACUCCAGAUUUGGUAGGCCGAAGCUUGAAUCCGAACAGAAAGCCAGAAGUCAGGCCGAAGCUGGUGGAGAGAACUUCUUCUUUGAGGGUAGGGUAGAUUUCAAAUUGGGCCUACUAGGUUUGGCAUCCGUUCACUGUAUCAAAUUUGAAAGGGGCCGGGCCGAUACGCGGGCGCCAGAGGGCCGGGGUCUAAACCAAAACUUUGCCCAUGGGCUGGGUCGAAAAAAUUUGCCUUUGAUAACUUAAAGAAUUGUUGAAGGUACCAAUGAUGGCAUUGAGGAAAGUAGUCUCCAAGACAAACAAAGAGACGGCAGAUGUUAUGAUAAAGUUGCGACAAGAGAACGACUACCUGACCUAUCAAUUGGAAAGGCUAAGAUUCGAGUUGGAAGACCAGAAAAAGUUGUUGAAAGCCAAGGAAGCUGAACACCAAAGCUGUUCAAAGGAUGAUAAAAAGCUUGUUCCAACAGAACAGCUUCCAGAGCCAGUACAAGAAAACAUUCCAAAGAAGAAGUCUCAUCAAGGAUUUGAGUUUCCGGUCUGUAGAAUCCAAGCCAGCAUUCUGGAAGAGUAUUGGCAGAUUGGACCACCAGCUGAUUUGUCAAUCGUUUCGAAACAGUUCAACUCAUCUGAACUCAAAUCUAUUCAUAACUUUUCACCAUUGUCAUCUAUCGUGAAUUCGGAUUCUUCUUUUCUGUCUGAACCUUGA